GAUGAUGAUGAUGAUGGUGGUGGGGCGCUCCAAGCAGAUGAAGACUCAGUGGCGCCCUCUGCUGGCAGUGAAAGUGACUCUGUUGUCAGCGGAGGUGAAGCAGCAGCUGAUGACAGCGACGGCAGCUGGGAACCAGAGGAGAACCGGAGGAGGAGAGACUCCCAACUGAAGACCAGUGAGAAACCAGUGUUUCCCUGUCAGGUCUGCAGAGCUGCGCUGGGUUCUGAGCUCCUGCUGCUCAAACACGCCCGGACCCACCAGCAGGAGGCAGGAGGCGUCUGUGGGGCCUGUGGAGAGUCCGUGGAGGCGCUGCAGGAUCAUUUUCAGAAGCGGCACAGAACCGACGAGUGUCAGGUCUGUGGAGAGGCCUUCCUCUGCCCCCUCAGCCUGAAUCAGCAGGAAGGGGAGAAACCGUACCUAUGUGAAGUUUGCGGCAGCUCGUUCGCUCUGAAGGCGACCUUAGAGGACCACAGGAAGGUGCACGAGGGGGGUCCGCCGUGUCCCACGUGUCCCCGCUGCCAGCAGGGGCUCAGGCAGGAGCUGCAGCUCAAAGCUCAGCGCAGGACUCGCAGCAAACGCAAACCCUUCCUCUGCGGCGUCUGCGGGAAGCUCCUCUGCGACAAGAGGUCCUUGUCCCGCCACAAGAUGACGCAUUCCGGGGAGAGACCACACAGCUGUCAGGUCUGUGGGCGGGGCUUCAAGCUCCCCUCCACCCUGAAGCAGCACGAGAAGAUCCACACCGCGCGGGAGCGCUCCUACCUCUGCGACGUCUGCUGCAAGAUGUUCCUGAGCGACAAAGAGCUCGCCGUCCACAUGCGGUCGCACACGGACGACAGGCCGUUCCGCUGCGACGAGUGUGGGCGGGGCUUCACCACCAAGGGCCGGCUGUCCAUACACCUGCGCGUCCACACGGGGGAGAGCCCGUACCCCUGCCCCUACUGCGGCCGCUCCUUCAAGCGCAAGAGCAACCUGAGCGACCACGUGGCCACGCACACGGGCGCCAAGCCGCACGUCUGCGGGAUCUGCGGGAAGCGCUGCGCCCGGAAGACCUACCUGACCGUCCACAUGAGGACGCACAACGGGGAGAGACCGUACCGCUGCGCCCUCUGCGACCGGACCUUCACCCAGAGCCACUGUCUGAAAACACACCGGAGGAGCCACCACGCUGAGCACGCCAGCUGAAGCUUACUCUGUUAGCAAAAUAUCUCAGCUGUAUCAAGAUGGCUGCCACCUCCGUGGAGGACAAAAACUGGCGUCAUUAAAAAUAAAAGAAAUACAUAAAAGGAACAAUAAAUAAUUAAAUACGCUUAAA